ACUACGCAGGCACUGUGCGUCGCACGCGCUGUUGCUGUCGCCACUCGCUGCGGCCUGUGGAAGCUCCGAUCUCCGCUUCGGCCGCCGCCUCAGACCCGGCCCCGCCAUGUACCCGGCCUGGGGCCUGUACGGGGCGGCGGGGCACUACCCGCCGCCCCCCACCUCGAUACCGCCUCCGCCGCUGCCCGUACCCCCGCCCGUGAUGCCCCCCUCCGUCCCGCCGCCGAACUACCCGCCCCCGGGCCCAGGCGUGGCCCCGGCGCCCGGCGCCUCGGGCUUCCUGAGCUUGCAGGAGCAGCACCUGGCCCAGCUACAGCAGCUGCAGCAAAUGCACCAGAAACAGAUGCAGUCGGUACUUCUGGGGGGUCCCCCGCCCGGGCCGCCGCCCCCGGGCCUGCCCCCUCCGCCUCUCCCCGGCUCCUUCACUGACUGGCCGCCGCCAGUGCCGCCCCCCGUCCGCAGCUACCAGAAGCAGUUCAAGCACCGUGAGCCGCCUCCGCCGCCCCCACCCCGGGACCCCCAGGUCUGCAAGCCCCCGGCGCCCCCCCUGCCUCGAGAGCAUGAGACCCUCCAGCCGUCUCAGCCCCACAGCGACUGGGAACACCUGCCUUCUUCCCCAGUGCCCAUGGACAUGGAGCUGUCCUCUCCGCCACAGUCGCCCCUGCCGCCUGAGCAGGCCUAUCCACCCCCUUCGCAGGCCUAUAUCCCCCCAGCCCAGUCUGAACCGUAUAUUCCCCCAACCCAGCCACCCCCUUCCCAGUCCCCCCCGCCCCAGUCUUAUUUGUCCCAUUCUCAGCUCUCCCAGCCACCGCCACCAUCCUAUCUGGAGCCUCCUCCAUCAACUGCCCCUCAAUCUUAUUUACCCUCCUCCCAGUCCUAUCAGACACAUUCUCAAUCUUAUUUGUCCCCUUCCCAAUCAUCCCUUUCCCUACCAACCCAGGCUAGCUUGACACCAUCCCUUUCUCAGUCUAAAUCUCACUUUACUGCAUCCCAGUCAUCCUUGCCCCCUUCCACUCCUGCCCAGCAAGAGGCAGUGCAGAGCGUUGCUAAGGACACCAGUGACAGUUCUGACCAGCACAGCACCCCACAACCAGACCCCUCCACUAUGACCCCCCAGGAACAGCAGCAGUAUUGGUACCAGCAACACUUGCUAAGUCUGCAGCAGAGGGCAAAAGCACAUGCACAGGGACAGCAGCAACCGAAGGGUCCAGGAGUAGUGAAGGAUGCACCUGAGCAGAGAAUACAGCAAGAAGAAGAGAAAGUGACUGCUCCUAAUCAGCAGUCUGAACCACCUUCGCUUAACGAUCCCCUAAUACCAGCUUCCAAAAAAGAGGAACUUCCUGUCUCAUCUACUGAACCUAAGCUGAAUAUUGAACCUCCUGAGGACUCGGAGGAAGAUUUGAGGUUGCAGCAGUUGCAAGUGGCAGCAGCUCAGUGGCAGCAGCAUCCACACCAUCGAGUUGGCUUUCAGUAUCAGAGAAUAAUGCAGAAGCAUGCCCAACUGCAACAGAUUUUACAGAAGUACCAACAGAUCAUACAACAGCCACCACCCCCCCAGACAAUGUCAGUGGAUAUGCAGCUGCAGCAUUAUGAGGCGCAGCAGAAACAGUUUCAACAACUUCACAAAGAAUGGGAGCGUGAAUUCCAAGGAUGGCAGGAUCAACUUCAGACCUAUCCUCACAAAGAUCAGCUUCAGGAGUAUGAGAAACAGUGGAAAACAUGGCAGGGACAGAUGAAAGCUACUCAGUCCCAUCUGCUGGAGAAAGUGAACUCACUUCGAAACAUGAAGAAUCAAUACACUGGGAAUGUUGCAUUGUCACCGCCUUUUGUUCCAUGCUCUCAAAUCUCUCAAGGAGGCGUGCCUGUUAUGCCUCCAUCUUUGCCUUUAGCUGCCCCUCCGCAGGUUCCCCCACCUCUGUCUUCUGAUCCUCAGUUGUCUAAUUCAUCUGAACCCCCAACAUCCGGUCUUCAGGUUUUCCAGUCCACUAAGACAACCAGGCCAGCUCUGCUUCCUAUCCCUGAUUCUUUUGUAUUUAAAAUACCUGGCUCAUCUGCAACUUUACCUUGUCAUUCUGAAAUAACUACAUCUGCUGACUCUUCAGACCAAGGAAACUCUCAAGUUCAUCUCGGUAAGCAAGCUGUGCCAUUUGUUUCUGUCUCAUCUGAACCAGCAUCUGGAGAACUGAAAACUUCUUCUACGGUAUCUUCAACCUAUGUACCCCCACCCUCCAACGUUCAAGAUAAACCAGUGAGAUCAGGUGGAUUGCUUCCAGACCCACCCAGAGGCACAUACUUCGAAGGACCAAGAGGUCCUAGGUUUGAUGGACUUCGGGGAAGAGGCUUUGACAGAUUUGAAGGGCCAAGACAGAGAGGACCUCGUUUUGAAGGCCAGCACUUGGAAGGGCCAAGGCCAAGAUUUGAAGGUCAGAAUUCCGAUGCACGGUCUUCAAGCAAAUGGGGAACUAUCCCCCGUGGGCCAGCAGCACAGUUCUAUACAUCCCCAAGCACAUCACAGAUGCACAGUUCCCGACCAAGUGGGUCACAGUGGAGGGGGCCCAGACCUCCUUUUGGACAACAGCAGUCUCAAGCAGAGUCCCGAACAGAAAACAGAGAAGCUUUUGCUGAUGCAGCUGUCAACCAGGAGUUGGCAAAUAGAACUCAGUCUACUCCAGUUUCCUUUGAUACAGAGGCAAAGCAUUCUGGUCCAGUUCAGCCAGCUGAGGACUUGACAAAAGCUCAACAGGAACCACCCAAAGCUGAAGUCAAAAAAGUCAUUCCUGGGCCUAAAAAGUGGACUUGGAGUUCUCAGGAUCCUGCACAGCAAGUAGAAGAGACAAAAUCAACUACUCAACCUCCAUCCACUCAGAAUCAAAAACCAACACCACUUCCCAGUACACCUGUAACUGUGCAGUCUACUGUUCCUCCAAGAACAGGAGGAACAGCAGCCUUACCUCCAUCCCCUGUGACAGGAAAUACAGACUUAAAAUCUACAGAUAGUAAAUUGCCCCUUUCAGAAAAUAGCCAGGGUAAAGGACUACCUGGAUUAGAAGAUAACCAGGGUAAAGGGCCAGUUCAACCAGAAGAUAAUAGAGGCAGUGGACCAGUAAGCAGAGGCAGGGGGCAGGGCAGGCUGGACGACGGCCGAGGCAGGGGGCAGGGCAGGCUGGACGACGGCCGAGGCAGGGGGCAGGGCAGGCUGGACGACGGCCGAGGCAGGGGGCAGGGCCGGCUGGACGACGUCCGGGGCAGGGGGCAGGGCCGGCUGGACGACGGCCGGGGCAGGGGGCAGGGCCGGCUGGACGACGGCCGGGGCAGGGGGCAGGGCCGGCUGGACGACGGCCGGGGCAGGGGGCAGGGCCGGCUGGACGACGGCCGGGGCAGGGGGCAGGGCCGGCUGGACGACGGCCGGGGCAGGGGGCAGGGCAGGCUGGACGACGGCAGGGGCAGGGGGCUAACAAACAGAGGCCGAGGAUUGCCCAGACAGGCAGCCACCCGAGGCCGGGGGAUGAUCCAGAGAGUGAGCAGCCAGGAGGAGCAGCUGGAUAGGCGGUCAGGUAGCAGGGAGAAGUUGCCAGAUGGGCAGUCAGGCAACUGGGAGAUGGGGCCAGUUGGGCGGUCAGGCAGCCGGGAGAGGGUGUUGUCCAGCCGAGACAAUGAACCAGCUGGCCGGGCAGACAGCAGGGAUAGGGGGCAAUCAGGAACCUGGGAUAGGGGCCCUGUCAUGCGGGCUGAAAGCCGGGAUAGGGGUCCUGUCAUGCGGGAUGAAAUCUGGGAGAGGGGUCCUGUCAGGCGGGCAGGAAGUCGGGAGAGGGGUUCUGUCAGGCAAUCAGGUAGCCGGGAGAGGGAAAUGGGCAGGCCUGAAACAGGCAGUAUUGAUAAACCAAUCCGCUUAGGAGACAACUCAGAGAAAUUAUCUCUGUAUCAUCGAGAGGAAUCAACAAGAGCUUCCUGGAGUCAUGAAGAGGAGAGAAUGCAAGAGGAACCUUCAUUAGAUAGACGAGAUACCCGUCCUUUAGAGCAUGAGCAAUUGGAUGAUUGGGAAAGAGAUCGAUAUUGGAGAGAGCGUGACACAGAUAUUCGGGAUGAUCACCUGGAUCCAUAUGAUAGAGAUGACACAUUACCACUGCGUCAUUCAUUGCCUCCACUGUCACCUCUUCCUCCUCUACCUUCUUUGUCUUCUGAUCUUGACAGACGAGACACUUGGUGGGAUGAUUGGGAAAGGCCUAGGGAGAGGGAGUUGGAUAGAGAUCUGGACAGGAUUGGAAGACCCUUGGAUAUUUAUGAUCGAGAAUUAGAUAGAGAAUGGGACAGAGAUUACUUGAGACCUCUGGAUGACAGAGAGACACCGAGGCAUGACCUGGACAUUCCUCCUCUUCCACCUUUGCCACCACUUCCACCUCUGGACAGGUACCGUGAGGACCGGUGGAGGGAGGAAAGAGACAGAGAUCUCUAUGACAGAGACUUCCGAGACAGGGGGGAGUUGAGGAUCCGAGAGUAUCCAGAGAGGCGUGAUACAUCGAGGGAGAAGCGAGAUUACCUUCCUGAAAGGACUGACUGGGAGAGGGAACGGUUGUCAGAUAGAUGGUAUCCUGAUGAAGCAGACAGACUACGACCUUUGGAGGAUCAGCUUGAUCCACCCCUUCCACCACCACAUUCAUCUGACAUGCUGGGAGCAGAGCCAAAUCUGGACCCUGAACAGUCACUUGGAGGGGUAAUGGUCCUUAGUCAAAGACAGCAUGAAAUAAUCCUCAAGGCUGCCCAGGAGCUGAAAAUGCUUCGGGAACAAAAAGAACAGUUGCAGAAGUUGAAAGAGUUUGUGCCUGAUCCCCACCUGCCAUCACAGGAAAGCUCUAGAUCACAAACCACAACUACAAGGCCACGUGCCUUUCAGGCGUCUUCUCAACUGCCACCUGAGACACCAAUAGAAUCUCAACCUAUCAAACCUUCUCCUGCUGUUAUUAUAAAGCCACCAGUGUUGUUCAGGCAGCCCACCCCGGUGACGAGGCCAGGUGCCCCGGUGACGAGGCCAGGUGCCCCGGUGACGAGGCCAAGUGCUCCAAUUCCUGCUUCAGCUACAGCCUCAAGUCAGGCUCCUGCAAUAAAGCCAACAUCUGGUGCUGUGAAACAGGAACGUUGGGAUGAGGAUUCUUUUCAUGGACUCUGGGAUACCAGUGAAGAUAAAGGAGCAAAUUUGGAGUAUGCAUUAUGUGAACCAGAAUCAGUGCUGCCACCUGCAGUGUCAUCUUCUGGGAAAAUACCUCCUCCAGGUCAUACUCCCAUUCCAUCACCUGUACCAGCUUCAGUUCCUAAACCACCUCUAAUUCAACAGACUGUGGACUAUGGCCAUGGGCGGGAUAUAACCACCAGUAAAGUUGAACAAAUUCCCUAUGGGGAGAGAAUAACUCUGCGUCCAGAACCUCUGCCUGAGAGACAACCAUUUCCAAAAGAACAUCCAGGCCAGCGGGAUCGUUACAACAGAGAGAGGGAUCGUGAGUCUUACUUUGAGCGUCAAGGCAAUGCAAACACAGAUUACCGAGAUUUUAAAAGGGAGCGGGAACUGCACAGAGACCGAGGCUCAGGAGACUAUGAUCGAGAGAGGUUUGAGAAAGAACGCCACCUUCGAGAGGACAGGGCACCUCCAACUGGACCUUCAAGGACUCAAUCUUACCGUGACAAGAAAGAGCAUCCCGCCUCAAGGCGAGGGGGCUUUGAAAGACCGUCAUAUGAACGAAAGCCUGAUCGCCCGACCUAUGAUCAUGGACCUUCCAUGUUUGGAGGUGAUCGGAGAAAUUACCCUGAGGAGAGGAUGCCUAUUUCGGCUCCAUCAGUACCUCGCCAGCCACCCCCUGCUCCCCGGAUAGAGAGGAAACCAGAGUCUAAGAAUGUGGAUGAUAUUUUGAAGCCACCAGGACGGGACAGCAGGCCAGAGAGAAUUGUCAUCAUAAUGAGAGGAUUGCCAGGCAGUGGAAAGACACAUGUAGCAAAGCUCAUCCGGGACAAAGAGGUGGAGUGUGGAGGACCUGCACCCAGAGUUCUCAGCCUGGAUGACUAUUUCAUCACCGAAGUGGAGAAAGAGGAGAGAGACCCAGAUACAGGAAAAAAAGUGAAAAAGAAGGUGAUGGAGUAUGAGUAUGAAGCUGAUAUGGAAGAGACCUACCGCACCAGUAUGUUUAAAACUUUCAAAAAGACCUUGGAUGAUGGCUUCUUCCCUUUCAUUAUCCUGGAUGCCAUCAAUGACAGGGUGCGCCAUUUUGAGCAGUUCUGGAGUGCAGCGAAAACCAAGGGCUUUGAGGUGUAUUUAGCUGAGAUGAGUGCAGAUAACCAGACUUGUGCCAAGAGGAAUAUCCAUGGACGCAAGCUAAAGGAGAUCAAUAGGAUGUCUGAUCACUGGGAGACUGCGCCACGUCACAUGAUGCGCUUGGACAUUCGUUCUUUGUUGCAGGAUGCUGCUAUUGAAGAGGUGGAGAUGGAGGAUUUUGAUGCUAAUAUUGAAGAUCAGAAAGAAGAAUCCAAGAAAGAUACAGCAGAGGAAGAAGAAAGCGAACUGGGUUACAUUCCGAAAAGCAAAUGGGAGAUGGACACUUCUGAGGCAAAGCUAGACAAGCUGGAUGGCUUGCGGACAGGCACAAAGAGGAAACGUGAUUGGGAAGCAAUUGCCAGCAGGAUGGAGGAUUAUCUUCAGCUUCCAGAUGACUAUGAUACACGUGCUUCUGAACCUGGCAAGAAGAGGGUAAGGUGGGCAGACCUAGAAGAAAAGAAGGAUGCAGACAGAAAGAGGGCCAUUGGUUUUGUGGUUGGACAAACGGAUUGGGAAAAGAUCACAGAUGAAAGUGGUCAUCUUGCUGAGAGAGCCCUCAACCGCACCAAAUAUAUCUGAGACAAUUAUAAUAUGGAAUUUUUGUACCUUUAAGGCCGUUUACUUUGAGGAGAACUGAACCUGGCGUGGCAUGAGCAUCCUACAUGGAUCAUGUCACUACCAUCUUCACAGAUUAUUUUUGUUUCUUUUGUUGUUUUAGUUUCUGAAAGUUCCUUGAAAUAUUGGCGGGUGAUAACCAGUGUCCCCAAAAGACAUACAAUUCUGCUGCACCUAAGCGAGAGAGUUUUCAUUUUAAUAUUUUUUGGAGGGGAGGGAGCGUCAGUAGUUGUAGCUGCUAUACGUGGAAAAAUUAGGCAGAGAAUGUUUCCUCCACUGUACUGUAACAGAAUGUCUGUAUCACUUUUUUGCUUUGUGGCCAUUCUCAUUUUAUACUGUACGUACCUUGUAGCUUAUUGUACUAGGAAGCAGAACAAUAAACUUCCAUUAUAAACCCA